AUGGAUAUUUCAAACUCCCGGCAACUCCAAAUCCUACAAGGUCUGCUGUUCUUAAUGGUUUAUCUGGGAGCCCUGGCUGGAAAUCUUAUGACUAUUACAGUUAUUGUGACAGAUUCACAUCUUCACUUUCCUAUGUACUUUUUUAUAGGCAAUUUAUCUUUCAUAGAUCUUUGCUAUAUUUCAGUUAGUGUCCCCAAAUCAGUUGUCAAUUCCUUUACAGGUAGAAAAUCAAUCUUACUCGAAGAAUGUGCUGCUCAGAUUUUUAUGUAUAUUUUCUUCGCAUAUACAGAACUUGCUUUUCUUGUUGUGAUGUCUUAUGACCGUUACAUUGCCAUCUGUCAUCCCCUGCACUAUGGGCUCACUGUCACCCCACAGGUGUGUGCACAGGCAGCAGGUGGCUCAUGGACCACUGGAUUGCUGUUUUCUACCAUCCAUACAGUCACCAUGUUCCGGCUUCCCUUCACAAAGUCCAAUGUGAUCCAUCAAUAUUUCUGUGAUGUACCACAAAUUUUGAGGAUAUCAUCUUCAGAUAUUCAGUUUUCUGAAUCUGUGGUCUUAUUUAUAAGUACGGGCAUUGGCUUAGCAUGUUUUGCUUUCAUGUUUAUGUCAUAUAUUAAAAUAUUUUCAAAUGUGCUUCAGAUUCGCAGUGCAGAAGCCCGUAGCAAGGCCUUAUCUACUUGUACCCCACAGUUGAUUAUUCUCCUUUUGUUUAUAGUAUCUGGAAUAAUUGCUGCCUUAAGUCCGACUGCAGAUAAAACAUCUCUAAAAAAUCUUCUGACAGCUAUUUUCUACACCAUGCUGCCACCAUUUAUAAACCCCCUCAUCUACAGUAUGAAGAACAGGGAAAUUAACAGUGCCCUUGGCAGAAUGUACAAAAGAUAUUUUGAAUUCCCAAGAAGGGUGUUACUUGAUUAA